AUGGAGUCUAAAAACAUAAUAGCAAACAACACGGAACCGCAUGAAAUCAGAAUAGCUCGACGUCGUCGAAAACGAUCACAGGAACUAUAUAUACACGGAAUACCAUCGAGCAGCAACACUGAAAAUGCAGAGUUGCUAAGAUCUAAACGUAGAACAGUGGACUCUAAUGGAGAAAUUUCCAUCCAAAGUUCUGAUGGGCCAGAUCUACCUCCUAUCUGCUGUCCGUACGAACUUUCUACAAAUGGUGGAAUAACGUUACCUCCUAUCCGGUCAGUAGUUCCCAUUGGUUCAAGCAACAUCACAAAUGACAUUCCAGUAAUUGACCUCACGAAAUCACCACCAUCUCGAUCUUCACCGCUUCGCCCAUCAAUACAUAAUACAACGCAGCAAAUUAUCAUCGAUUUAACUUCUUCACCUAUAAUUGACCCAACUCCAACUCGGAGAGGAUAUCCAGAAUCAUCUCACGAAGUCAUAGUAAUCGAAGAUGAUACACCUAAUACUUCUCCAUAUAAUAGAAGCAGAGAAUUAUCAUCCCCAGAAAAUGUCAUUCAAGAAACUCUAUCAUUUGCUUUCACAUCAAGUAGAACUCCGGAGGUAAGCUUCGAAAAUGCAAUUCAUGAAACUCCGUCAUCCACAUUUACUUGUUUUACGGCAAGUGGAACUUCGGAGCGAAGCCAAUUAGAAUUUGCAAAUUUACGUCCUUCACCCAGAAAUGACAUAUUAAAUGAUAGACCAACUCCUGUUUUGGAAUAUUACGAUGGUACAAAUGUAUCCGCUCAAAUUCCUUUAGAUAACGGAAGAAAUGUAGGAGAUGGUACUCAAGGUUCUACAAACCAAAUUUUUUCAAAUUCUCCACUGACAAUAGCAAACUUGACUAGAGAUACAAGAGAUUCAAUACUCUAUCAUCCAAAAGAUCCAAUUUAUCCGUUCCCAUCCUUCCAUAAUUACAGAAACAAUCAAUCAGAUAAUAUUCCAUCAUCUUCACUGCUUCAUAAUCAAGGAGAUAAUACUCCUCCACUUCAUCAAACUCCAUCUUUCCAUCAGAGAGAUAAUACUCCACCAUUCCAUAAUCAGAGGGAGAGUACCCAGAGAAGUAGUACUCCACCAGUCCUUUAUCACCAUAGUACUCCACCGCUCCUUUAUCAUACUCAUCAGGCACCACCGCCUAUUCAUCUAUCUACCACGAUAGAUUUAAGAGAAAGAAAAAUCACUCCACCACAUUUAAUAAGUCUUCAAAACGCUCUUCCACAAGGAGGGCUUGUGUCUUCAUAUCCCCCCAAUUCACAAAUAAAUUUAUCAUCAAAACCUCUUAAAGUCAAAUGUUCCAUUUGCCUUGAUCCACCACAUGAUGUUGCAUCAACAAGUUGUGGUCACAUUUUUUGUUUCGUAUGUAUUAGUAUGGCAGUGAAAACACAAAAAAUGUGUGCUCUCUGCAGGAAACCACUUAAAAGAAGACAAAUCAAACGCCUUGAAUUUAAGGUUAAAAAUUGA